AUGGACAGUGCAAACGCGCAAUCGUGGGCGGGCAUGGACGCUGCCGCCGACCAAGACUUCGGCAACCUCAUCGACUUCGACCACUUCAAUGACCUCGACCUGCCCGACUUCAACAACAUCGCCUUCAGCCAUGGCGGCUCGCAGAACAGCGCCAUGGCCGACGCGCUCGACGUACUCCACCAUCAGGACCACCCGUUCCCCCCGCAAGUUCCCCAGCAUCACGGAGACGGCGCAUCCGGCAGCCAGCAGGCGCAGCACAGCAUGCCCCAGCCGAGUGCCAGCUUCUUCGACUAUGGCAUCAACGGCAUGAAUGGCCUGUCGCAGUUCAACCAGGCUGGCACGCCCGUCUUCUCCCAGGCGCCUGAGCAAGUGUUCCGCCCGCACCACGGCGUCCCUCCCACGCCCAACUCCGUCGAGAUGCACGGCGACCCGCACCGCUACUUGCACCACAUGGACCAGCAGGCCCUCUACGACCAGAGGUACCGCCUGCACAAGGACGACGCUUCCUUCACCCCGCUCGUCUCUCCAGCAGUCACCCCCCACGACGCCCGCUUCCAGGUCCCCGACUUCACCGUAUCCGGCGCCUACUUCAGCCCCCUCACCUCGCCCGCGCUCAAUGCCCAGCCCCACCAGCAUGCCCACGCCCACUCGCAACUGCACUCGCACGUCUCGACGUCGGCGAGCUCCAACGGCCACUCGCCCACCGACGUCGACAUGGACAUGCUGGGCGAGCCUGCCCUGGUGCAGCCCGCAGAGCAGCGCCGGAGCCUGAGGACCAAGAAGAAUCCAUCCAGAGCGAGCACGUCCGCCAGCCGUGUGCGACAGUCACCCAUUGUGAAACCCGGCCGACGGAAACCCACCGUUUCCCUGCAACUCCCGCCCAAGGACGUCAGCGAGCUCAUGCACGAGGCACGCAACGGCCUCGACGUCCCACGAAGCCGCGACCACUCGGAGACCGACUCCAUCUCCCCUGAGCCUAUGCUGUCCGAGAUGCGCCCUCCGCCGAUUCCUGCCUCUGUCACACAUUCGCCCGCCAUGGUGGCCCAGAACGGCCAGGGUGCUGCACCUGCCACGCCUGCUUCGCUGAUGCGCAUACACCCGUCGCCGCAGUUCGACCCGUCCGUGAACCCGCCGCCGAUGAUGGAAGACCUCGCUCUGCCCGAGGCUUCGUUGGAGCCAAGACCCUCGUUAUCGAGGAUAGACACGGCAUUCCGCGACGGGGAGCUCGACACACCUCGCAUGUCCGCGCGCAAGACGCCCAAGAUGGGACCGCUCAGCACACCGGGCGCAGCCAUGUCGAACAGGCCCAGCCCUAUGCUCGAUCCCAUGUCAGGACCCACAAGUCCGGCUUUCUCAGUGACUUCGGGCAAAAAGCCGGACCCCAAACAGGGUCGCAAUCUGAAGAAGAGGGGUAGCGUCAGCACGAGUCUGGUCAGCCCAGCGUUGAGGCCGAAGAUAUCGCCGAGCAUCAAGCCUCUGCUCGCGGCCGGAGAGAACGGCGUCUCGGAUAACACCCACGCCCUCCUCCUUGCCUCCAAAUCCAACUACCAGAACAUCCUCGACGGUACCACUGUACCAGGUGUCUCGUAUCCCGCAUCCCUCUCCACAAACCUCACAUCAAAGCGCACCUCCCACAAGAUCGCCGAGCAGGGCCGUCGCAACCGCAUCAACACGGCGCUCCAAGAGAUGCAGGAUCUCCUCCCUCCCGGCUCGCAGACCGUCACUCCAGACGCGAAGAGCCCUGAAACGGCCGCACAGUCGAACAAUUCCAAGGCAGCCAAGGUGGAGAGCGCGAUUGACUACAUCAAGCACUUGAAGAGCGAAGUGUCACUGAAAGACCAACUGCUGCAGCAGAAGGAUGUUGAAAUGGAGGCAUUAAGGAAGCAGUUGGCCGAGCUGAGAAGGAGCAGCUCGGUGGGUGUGAGCUCAGAAUCUUCGACCGAAAAUGCUACAGACCUAAAGAAAGAGCAGGCUUCCACGCCUGCCACGGUCGACGAGACAUGA